AUUUUGGGGCGUGGCUGUCUUCCUUUCGCCAUGAUGAACAAAUGACCUCGCGGGGAAUGAAAUUUAAAUUCCACAAAGGCGAGAGAGUUCUCUGCUUCGAGCCGGACCCGACCAAGGCGAAGAUUGUUGACAUUGUUAUUGGAAAGGAUGAGAAAGGAAGAAAGAUUCCAGAAUAUCUGAUCCAUUUUAAUGGUUGGAACAGAAGCUUGGAGAAGGCUACAUGGAGAAGGGCUUCCAGUGAUGAUCUCAGUGCAUGGGCAAGCUGAUAUGGAGACAUGUUCUUUCAGCUGGGACAGAUGGGCAGCUGAAGAUCAUGUUCUUCGUGACACUGAUGAAAAUCGCAGAUUACAGCGUAAAUUGGCAAGAAAAGCUGUGGCUCGCAUGAAAAGAAAAGGAAAAAAAGGGCGUCGCAGAUUGCCUGGUGUUGAUUCUGUAUUGAAGAUACUUCCACCUGAAGAGAAUGAAAAGAGCAGUGAAAACUCUAUAAGUAGUUCUUCCUCUGAUGACAAUGAGGACAGCACAGAUGAAGAAAUAAAGAGUGAAGAAAGUGAUUGUGAUGAGAAGAUAGAAAUGAAAGAAGAGCAAGAAACUCAUACUAAAAGGGACAUGGAAGAAAGAGCAAUAAACAUUGAAAUACCUGAAAUCCUGAAGAAGAAACUUGAAGAAGAUUGUUACUAUAUUAACCGGCGAAAGCGGCUGGUGAAACUGCCAUGUCAGACAAAUAUAAUAACCAUCUUGGAAUCAUAUGUGAAGCAUUUUGCCAUCAAUGCAGCUUUUUCAGCCAAUGAAAGAUCACGUCACCAUCAAAUGACUUCACACACCAACCUGAAUCUGCACUAUGUUCCACCGGAAAAGAAUGUUGAAUUAUGUAAAGAAAUGGUAGAUGGGCUAAGGAUAACUUUUGACUUCACUCUACCACUUAUUCUGCUGUAUCCCUAUGAACAAGCACAGUUUAAGAAGGUGACUUCCUCCAAAUUUUUCCUCCCAAUCAAAGAAAGUGUGGCAAACUCUAACAGAAAUCAAGAAGAACUUUCCCCAAGUCCGCCCCUUCUGAAUCCAUCAACUCCACAAUCCACAGAUAGUCAGACUGUGACAGGAGAACCUGCAACACCUAAACGGCGAAAAACUGAACCUGAAAUAUUGCAGUCUCUAAGGCGUUCUACACGGCAUACAUCUAAUUGUGACAGAUUAUCAGAAAGCAGCGCUUCUCCCCAACCCAAACGACGGAACAUUGAGGCUCCUACUUCAAUGCCAAAACUAUUUUUGCAUCUUGAAAAGAAAACUCCUGUCCACAGUGGGUCAUCAUCACCCAUUACAUUGACUCCUAGCAAAGAGGGCAGUGCAGUAUUUGCUGGUUUUGAAGGCAGAAGAAACAAUGAAUUAAAUGAGGUCUUGUCAUGGAAACUUAUGCCAGAGAACUAUCCCCCAGGUGAUCAGCCACCACCACCUUCAUACAUUUAUGGAUCUCAGCAUUUGUUACGCAUGUUUGUAAAGCUUCCGGAGAUACUUGGAAAGAUGAGCUUUUCUGACAAAAACCUGAAGGCAUUAGUAAAGCACUUUGAAUUGUUCCUAAGGUUUUUAGCAGAAUACCAUGAUGACUUCUUCCCAGAGUCAGCAUAUGUAGCUGCCUGUGAGGCCUACUACAGCACAAAGAAUCCACGUGCCAUCUACUGAAGCCAUUAAUAUAGAUAUAAUCAAUUGUAUAUACUCCAUGACUACUGCUGUACUGCACUAUUGCAGGAUCAAGAGAAAUAUUGAAACAUAUCAUUCUAAUAUCACAAAUGGAAUUUCUUCAGUAUCGUCAUUCUGUUGACAUAAAGGAUUGCAUUUCAUUUCAGAGUUAUGCUGACAUUGCAUUCUGGUGCAAGAUAACCUUCACUGCUAGAUAAACGAAGCUCUGCAUUCAAUUGACUGCUAAUGCAUAGAACUGCAUACAAAUAAAGUGAGGAAAAGAAGUGCAAUAGAAACAGACUCUGAGAACUAUCUGGUGUUCCACUUUAACAUAAGCAUAAGCCUGCUUCAAAUUGAACUCUCAGAACAUCACUUGCAUUUACGGUUGAAGUGGCAUUGUUCUUGUUUUUCACUUUCGGAAUUCAUAUUUUAUUUCAUGAAACUAUUAUAACUUGAUCUUUAUAGAAGAAAUAAUAUGCAACUUUUAUGUUAGCAUGAUCUCUGCAUCAAGAUUGUGGUUUGUGAGUGCUUUUGAAAACUCCAUUUGCAUUUUUCCCAUGGUUUUUUUGGCAGUGCCCAAAUAGCUUUGUCCAGAUUUAUUAUUCCCACAAGGUUUUAAUUGGGGUAUGUUCACAAAUAUGUGCAUAUGUAAAAAGUUUUAAGAACAGUAUGUACUUGUUGGUUUUGGUAAGAAAGACUGCUAAAGCAACAUUAUUUUAGCAAGAGUUCUGAAACUGAACAGUGGCUGCUAAGUGAAAUGUAUCAAACAUACAUUUUGUUUUGUUUAGACUAGUUUAAAAAUGCAUAGGCAUAUGUGGAGAAUUACACACACUUUUGCUUCCGGGUUGGUUUUAACAUGGUGAGUAGUUGUGUGAAUAAAUUGGAUCUUUCAUGUACUAUAGGCAAACUUAAAUAACAUUAACACUCAUUCAAAAGCUUAAUGUCCACACCUAUUAAUAAUAGUUUGAUGAGUAAAAGGACUUAAAGUGAGUCUCUGUAGCUGCUGACAUGACUCAUCAACCCAGCAUUAAUUAUGUAGCCCAUUGUGAAGGUUCAGCACAUGCAGGAUACAUCCCAGGUGAGUAUGGGUUAUCAGAGGGUUCAACAGCCCCAGCAUAACCUGUGGACUGUUGUGUGAGUGUGGGUUGUAUAUGCAAUUCGUACUCAGGUUAAAUAACUCGUGGCAAUCCAUGGUAUGUCAUCCAGACUCAGUCUCUGUAAUACUGAAAGCAAGUAGAUGAGACUAAAGAGUUACACUUAUCAUUUGUGCACUUGAGCUUGAAAAGCCAUGUUAAUUUUUGUAAAGUUGUACUGGUCAAUUUCAUUAUAAAUUGGAGAUGGGUGAGCUGUGGCUCUCCAGAGUUGCUGAACUAUAGCUCUCAUCAUAAGCCAUUCCAGCCACGUCUGAUGGAUGUUGCCGGGACUGUAAGUACCCACCAUGCUAUAAUAUGUUUGCAUGAGGAAUACAUACCUUCAUCUCCAGCUUGUUAAGGUCUCCCGUUGGGCUUGUGGUCACAUGGAGGAAAUUAACCUAUAUAGACCUUUGAAACUCCCUGAUGGUCUUAGUACUCCAAUGUACUAAGGGUUCAGCAAUCUAGACAGAAUUCUGUGGAGAGCUGUUGUUACUCAGUACAACCAGACCCUUGAAUUUGUGGGAUGUUGCUAUUUUGGGUGCUAGAUUUGGGGAUAACUUCUUAGUUCUACAUGUUUAUUUUCUAAUUAUAGAACCUAAAACCAUUUGAAGAAUUUUGGUUUUGGGUUUGAAGCUUUGCAAUGAGAAAUGUAUUUGUUAAUGUAAAAUAUUGUUUGUACAAAAUAGUUAAAUAUUAAUAGGUUAUUUAACACAGAAUGAUGGUGAAACUUGAUCUUUCUUCCAUUGUGUUUCAGUACAUUGUAUGCCAAAUAUGGUGUCUUUUUGCAUCUAAACAAUGCAUAGAAAUAAAAAGGAAGGCUUAUGGCUGAA